AUGGUGGCGGUUUUCCUGGUGACUUUAUACGAGUAUUCUCCCCUGUUCUACAUCGGCAGUGUGUUUUUAUGCUUCUUCGUCACGGCUGCUAUGGUUCUUGGGUGGAUUGGCUUUGACGUCAAUGCCAUUCUCCGGAACUCUGAUGAAGCCGAAUCCGUUCUUCCGACUCCAGAAAAGCAGAUGGUCCGUGUGCCCAACCCCUUCACCCUGGAGCUGUCGUCCAAACCUGCAUCUGUGACCGAGGGAGCGUGGGUGCGGGUUUUCUGCCUGGAGUCUUCGGUCCUCAGCUGUUUCUGGGGCUGUGACACGGCUUUGGUUCAGUCCGUUCUGCAGAAGCUACAACACAGUCCUGGACCCGGGCCCCUGCUCCAGAGUCUGGCCCUUCACUGUCUCAGCAGCCAGACCUUUCAAGUCAAAACCACAAACUGGACCGAGUUCUUCACAAAGGUUGACACAGAGCAGACUGACGGAAAGCGGAUCACAGACUUCGGGCCUUUGCCGAGACGCUGCUACCCCCUGGUGGCGCUGUUGUCUCUGGCGCAGGAGGCAGUGGACCGUCAGAACAUCGUGUCCAGUGUGACAGUCAUCCACAUCCCAGACGGCCGGUACAGUCUCUCGCAACGCAUCCUGUUUCAGUACCUUUUCACCGCGCAGGGAAACAUGUAUGAAUUAAAGCCUCUGUUCAUGUCGACGGAGAGUGAGGACAGAGCGGAGUCCAGCGUGGGCAGCGGAGAGAACACAGAGGAGCAGGACUCUGAGUGGAGAGAGAGAGACUGUGUGGUCUGUCAGAACGCCACCGUGACCAAAGUGCUGCUGCCCUGUCGACACACGUGUGUUUGUGAGCGCUGUGGGCAGUUACUGCAGCACUGUCCGGUCUGCAGAGGCUUCAUCAUGGAGGCCUUCACUCUGACACAAGACAUUGCAAGCUAA